AUGAAUUUUAUGGGAAAGAGUGACGACGACGGUGGUAAUGGUGGUAGACAGCAACGAGAAGAAGAUUACUCUUUUUGGGAAGAUGAAGAAGAAAAAGGAAAACCACCACCAACGGCAGAUAGGUUAUUCUCUUCUUCUGUUUCUGAUCAUCAUCAGCACAGCCGCCACCAACCGCAAGAAAAAUCUUUUCUUUCUCCGCCGCCCUACCACCACCACCACUGUGGCGGUGGUUGGCUGUUGGAUGGUCAUAGCCAAGGAGGUGAACCCUCAUCAAGAUUUGAUCCGAUGACGGUGGAUUCAUCUUUAGUCUCAGUGACGCCUGUUGCCGGUGAUGGUGAUGGUGAUGGUGACGGUGGCGCCCAUGGUCGUCAUGAGGAGGAAGAAUCUUCAGGGACGGAGGUGGAGAGAGAGCACAUGUUUGAUAAAGCGGUGACUCCCAGUGACGUUGGGAAGCUGAAUCGGCUUGUGAUUCCCAAACAGCACGCCGAGAGGUAUUUCCCACUGGAUUCCUCCACUAACGAUAAGGGACUCCUGCUUAACUUCGAGGACAGAAAUGGAAAGCUAUGGAGGUUCCGGUACUCCUACUGGAAUAGCAGCCAGAGCUACGUCAUGACCAAGGGUUGGAGCCGCUUUGUUAAAGAAAAGAAACUUGAUGCCGGAGAUGUCGUUUCUUUCCAACGGGGAGUUGGUGUCACCGGAAAAGAUCGGUUGUUCAUAGACUGGAGGCGCCGCUUAGAUGCCUCCAUUAAUCCACCGCCAUAUCAGUUAUCAUCAUCAUCAUCAUCUAAUCUUUCUUUUCCGUUGAUUUCUCAUCAGAACUUUCCUUUCCACACCAGGAACAGUAAUAUCAACACUCACCCAUGGAAUCCACUCGUCUUGCAAUCUCAUCCAGCACUGCCAUGGAGGAACCCUAAUUUGAUGCUACCGCCCACCAACAGCUACCCCUCCUCCUCCUACACCCGUGGCAGCCCUUAUGGCAGCGUAGUGAACGUGAAUAAAAAUGGUUCAAGAUCCGUUAUCUAUUUUGGACCAGAUGGAUGUAGAAGCCCACAACAGCAGAUUCAGAUGAUGCAAAUGCAACAAAGAAGAGGGUUUGGGGUUGGGAUUGGGAUUGAUCCACCACCACCACCACCAACGGCGGCUGUGGCAGCAUCACCAACUCCACCGGCUGUAAUCUUAGAAUCGUUGCCACAGGUUCAUGGGAAAGCAUCUGGUAAACGACUCCGGCUAUUUGGGGUUAACAUGGAUUGCCCCUUCACAGAAGAAGAUGAUCAAGACUACGAACCCCCAAGUGAAUUGAACCCCACCACCACCAAUUGCGAUCAUAAUCGUUCUCCGCCUCUAAUUCCUCCAUCCAUAUCAUCAUCUUCUACCAUUCCUUACCUGCAGUUGAGGCCACAUGGAGGAGGAACCGAAUAUAAUCAGAGUACGAUAUUAUCAUCAUCUUCUUCUGCUCAUGCUUUCAACAUAGUCUCCAAAUCAACAGCUUCUACUAAUAUGCCCUUGGAUUUGGAUAUCUGA